UAUCAAAUGACUGUAAAAUUCAUGAAAAGAGGGAAGAAAAUUUUGGAUACACGUUGGAACGUGCGUUUGAUUUCCACAUUAUUCAAUUUCGGUAAACAUUCAAAGUGUUGGUAAGAUUUCAAACCAUUUACAGGUCAAGAUAUCCAACUACUAUAUAUUUCUUUAAGCUGAUCCCUAAAUUUCAGAUAUUGAAUUGGGGAAAAAAAAAUAGAAGAAAUGGGUUGGAUGAGUAGAUUUUUAGCGGCAGCGACAUUCUUGGCAAUCGGUGUGACUUUUUUGCCGGAGAAAUCGGAAUCGGAAUCUGCGAAUCAGCAUUCUCCGAAACUCGUCAAUCUAUUGAAGUUGGCUCGCUUGCUCUGCUUCUCCACCGCGUGGGGUGCCGCUCUCUGGGUCACCUUCAUCGGCGGCAUUAUCAUGUUCAAGAAUUUGCCACGGCAUCAAUUUGGAAAUUUGCAGAGCAAGAUGUUUCCGGCAUACUUUUCAAUGGUGGGAGUUUGUUGUGCAGUGGCUGCUGCAGCUUUUGGAUACCUGCAUCCAUGGAAGGCGUCAACAGCUGCUGAGAAAUACCAGCUCGGCUUCCUCAUGUCUGCCUUUGCUUUCAAUCUCUGCAAUCUUGUAGUCUUUACACCCAUGACGAUCGAGCAGAUGAUGAAGCAAAGGCACAAGAUAGAAAGAGAAGCAAAUAUUGGGGAAGAAGUUGGGUCGACAAAGAACCAAGAAGUUGCGAAGAAAAAUCCAAAGCUUGCUGCCAUGAACAAGAAAUUCGGAAUGAUCCACGGACUAUCAUCUCUUUCUAAUAUCAUGUCAUUCGGUAGCCUUGCCAUGCAUUCUUGGUAUUUAGCAGGUAAAAUCGAUUUGUAAAUCGGAUCAAAUAUAACUUUUACUCUCGGGUGGAUGUAUCUGGCUGUGAUUAUGUGUUAAAAUGAAUACGGACUCUGAAUCCUUUAGCUUUCUUGGACGUACAAGUUAUGUAUGAAAGAACAAGAUGCGUUAGAAUAAAAAUGUUGUAAUUUUCAAUUUGCCUUGCGAGUCAAAAUGGAUAUCAACACUGAAACCAUUAGCUUGCUUGGAUGUCGAUUGUGCUUGCUUCCACAAGUUAUCCAUUGAUAUAGACAUUGAUGUUGUGGAGGGAUUGAGUAAUAAUAUUCAAUUAAAAUCAUUACAAUCA